UCUGACGUGCCUGUACUAUGUUUCCUCCACCUUAGCAGCUAAGUUAAAGUCGCUGUAUUUAGCCGAUCUACUCUCCUCUCUUCAUUUUCAGUCAUCAAAUCACCAAAUUCUCUCUCAAGAACCAGCAUCUCUGACACCAAAUGAGUUACCAGCAUGUUCAUGAAGGUCCCUACCCACCCCCAGGGUAUGGACCACCACCACCUCAACCACAAGGAUACCCUCCACCGGGGAUGCCAUCACCACCAGGGCUUUACGGUGGAGGCGGCUACCCUCCUCCACCACCACCUCCUGGACCCCACAGUUAUCAAGGCUACUUUAAUGAUCAAUACCCUCCACCACCACCUCAGCACAUCUACCAUGACCAGGGUGGUGGCUAUUAUCAUGGUGAUGACAAUGGCUGUUCUUCAUUCCUAAAAGGGUGUUUGGCUACUCUGUGUUGUUGCUGUCUCUUGGAGGAGUGCUGUAGAUGCUUCUAGUUGGCUGGUUGCCGGCUACCAAAUGCUAUUGGUUUGUCAAAUUGCUGUUGAUUGUGGAUUUCUUAAAAAUGUCAGCAGACUCCGCUCUUAAAACUUUUAUAUUACAUAUGCACGAAGAACUUGUACUGCAACACUUCUAUUGUUAUCUAUUUUGUCCAGUUGUUAUCUGAAGAAUGCAUCCCUAGCUCUUUGGCAAAAGUAAUAUUAUGAUACAAGUAUGUAAUCGACAACUUUUGGCUUCUGUAUUUCGAGCUUUUCUUAAGGUGUAAUCUUCUUCUUACAAUAUCAAAACUAUUUAAGUUAAAAUACUAUUAGAAUGA